GCCUUCGCCUCGUUCCCCUUUCCUCAAAAACGGCCCCCUCGGCGUAGCGUCGAACGAACCCUAACUCUGAGUCUUCCUCGAUCGAUCGGUUCCUUGGUGACAUGGGGAACACCGAGAAGCUGAUGAACCAGAUCAUGGAGCUCAAGUUCACGUCCAAGAGCCUGCAGCGGCAGGCGCGCAAGUGCGAGAAGGACGAGAAGUCCGAGAAACUCAAGGUCAAGAAGGCGAUCGAGAAGGGCAACAUGGACGGCGCCCGGAUCUACGCCGAGAACGCCAUCCGUAAACGCACGGAGCAGAUGAAUUACCUCCGCCUCUCCUCCCGCCUCGACGCCGUCGUCGCCCGCCUCGACACCCAGGCCAAGAUGCAGGCCAUCGGCAAGUCUAUGGGAUCCAUCGUCAAGUCCCUCGACUCCGCCCUCACCUCCGGCAACCUCCAAAAGAUGUCCGAGACCAUGGACCAGUUCGAGCGACAGUUCGUCAACAUGGAGGUCCAGGCCGAGUUCAUGGAGGGCGCCAUGGCCGGGUCGACCAGCCUCUCCACCCCCGAGACCGAGGUCAACAGCCUCAUGCAGCAAGUUGCCGACGACUACGGCCUCGAGGUCUCCGUCGGCCUCCCGCAGGCGGCGUCUCACGCCAUCCCACCUGCCAAGGAGAAGGAGACCGUCGACGAGGAUGAUCUCUCCAGGCGCCUCGCUGAGCUCAAGGCCAGGGGUUAGCUCCUGUGCCAAGUCUUCAUUCUAUUACAGGUCCUGAAUACAUCUCGCUGAGAUCAACAAAAAAACCCAUCUAUAUUGUGCUGGAGAAUUGCUAAUAAUUGCUAUAUUUGUACAUACAAUGGUGUACUGUUCCAGACCUUCAUUCUUGUGUGAACUCGUAGAUUUUCUGUGACACAUUUAUAAAGCUCAUCUUGUUUGCAUA